AUGUGGAAUGCAAUUUUAUCCGACAAUUUUAGAUUAAUAACACUCAAACCAACAUACCUGACAGAAUAUUGCGGCAAAAACCAAUCAGUAACUAUCCUUGUAACUUGGAAACCUCAAUUAGCAGCAGGGUCACCAGAAGCAUUUUUGGGAAUAUGUGCAAAAUAUACAUUUUUAUUUAGUGCACAUAAAAAUUUUGAUCUUAGAUCUUAUAGAGAUUUUCAAUCCAAUCGACGAUAUAAUUCAUUUAGAAGAAGAAUGAAUGAAGCUAAUAAUAAUCGUAAUAACAACAACAACAACAACAACAAUAUUGAUAAUGAUCGUAAACGAUUUAUAAAUAAAUUUAAAACGACUACACCAGCUCCAAUGACUAUGACAAUUCCAACUAUGACUCCAACAAGUCCACCAACAACUAGCCCACCAACAACUAGCCCACCAACUACUAGUCCACCAGCAACUUCACCACCAACAAUGACAUCACCACCACCGCCAACUAGUCCAAGUCCGCCGGGAACUGCAACAACUGUUCCAACUACAGUUCCAAGAACGUAUAAUGAUAUUAAAAACUUGGAUAAUAAAGGCGAAGGACGGUUUUUACCAAUAUUUUUUGAAAAAUUUAACACAACUUCAAAACCAGCAACAAUUAGAAUUUUACCGCCUUCCCCAUUAAACUUUCCUACAAUAGAAUCUGUUUUACCAACUGCUGGUACACUAUCUUCAACACCAACAACUCCAUUACCUAUAACGCCAAGUACAGCACAACCAACGACUAUUCCGAGCACACCCAUACCACCAACAAUACCUCCUGUACCGCCAAUACCAACAGUUCCAAUAAUACCACCAGUACCACCACCACCACCUCCACCGCCACCACUACCACCACCAUUACCACCACCACCACCACCUCCACUACCACCACCGCCUCCCCCUCCAUUACCACCACCACCGCCACCACCUGGGCCAACUACACCACCUGGACCCACUACUCCACCGGGACCAACUACACCACCGGGACCUACUACUCCACCUGGACCAACCACACCCCCGGGACCAACUACACCACCUGGACCAACUACUCCCCCAGGACCAACUACACCACCAGGACCAACUACACCACCAGGGCCAACUACACCACCAGGCCCUACUACUCCACCAGGACCAACUACACCACCAGGGCCAACUACUCCACCUGGACCAACUACACCACCUGGACCUACUACACCACCUGGACCUACUACUCCACCUGGACCAACUACACCACCUGGACCUACUACACCACCUGGACCUACUACUCCACCAGGGCCAACCACACCACCAGGGCCAACUACUCCACCUGGGCCAGCUACACCACCUGGACCAACUACACCGCCAGGACCAACUUCACCACCUGUGCCCACUACACCACCUGGACCAACUUCACCACCUGGACCUACCACACCACCUGCACCAAAUCCACCAACAACACCACCUGCACCAAAUCCAUCAACAACACCACCGGCACCAAAUCCACUAACAACACCACCUGCACCAAAUCCACCAACAACACAACCUGGACCAGUUCCACCAGUAACUCAACCAGCUGUUGCAUCAACAGUACCAACAAUAGCAGUUCUCUAA